GAGGGGUAUCAGUCUGAACUUAGAAUCCAUCCGCAUCAGUUUCAAUGAGACAGUGUGUAUUUGCGAUCAGAAACAGCCUCACAGAUGCAGCAGAUCGACGAUAUGGAGGUACCUAUACUUAAUGAUAAUAACAGUAACAGGCAGAAGUCUCUGGGUCAGGACAGGGAUGGGUUCGGCCAUCAGCAGAAGGAUUCGGAGGGGUCCAUGGAGUCCCCCAACCUGGAGUUUGAAUAUGGGGACACUGACAGCUUCACCGCAGAGCUUUCAGAGCUGUACAGCUACACAGAAGAACCAGAGUUUAGCCUAAACAGAGACUACUUUGAGGAAGACUUCAAGAACCAUGUUAAGGGUCGGAGGUGGAUGGAGUUGAGUCUGGAAGAGCAGAAAGCUUAUGUGAUGAGACUGUUGGAUGCUCUGGAGGUCACUGACCGAGACAAGAGGCUCAAAGUGGCCCGAGCCAUCCUGUAUCUGGCCCAAGGUGUAUUUGAUGAAUGUGACACAGAGACAGAUGUUCUCUACUGGUCUCGACACAAUGUUUUCCUCCUGUACGACAUGGGCAUCUUCACUGCUUUGCUGGAGCUUCUCAGCAUGGAGAUCGAUAAUAACCAGGCAUGCAGCAGCGCAGUAAGAAAACCAGCCAUAUCCCUGGCAGACAGCACUGAACUCAGGGUUCUUCUGAGCAUCAUGUAUCUGAUGGUGGAGACCAUUCGAGUGGAAAUGGAUAGUGAUGCUCCUGAGAGGAAGACGGCAAGAGAGGCCUUCAAAGCAGAGUUGGGUUCACCCCUUUAUAAUGGAGAGCCCUUUGCUCUCCUCCUCUUCACCAUGGUAACCAAGUUUUGCAGUAUGAAUGCACCCCAUUUCCCCAUGAAGAAAGUGCUGCUCUUACUAUGGAAGACCAUACUGUUCACACUGGGAGGUUUCGAGGAGUUGUUGGAGAUGAAGGUGAGAACGAGAGAGCGAUUGAAUCUUCCGCCUCUCCCGGAGGACAGCAUUAAGGUGGUGCGUAACAUGCGCGCCGCUUCGCCUCCUGCCUCGGCCAUGGAGCUCAUCGAGCAACAGCAGCAGCAGAAGAGAGGACGCAGAAGUCGCAGGAGUGCCUUUGUUGAUAGCUUGGAAGGAGACACUCCCUAUGCCAAGAAACAGCCACUGGUCAAGCAGGAUAGUCUGGACACUUACAACGAACGGGACCCUUUCAAGAACGAUGACGCACGGGACGAAGAGGACGACCCGGAGGAUGUGGACAGUGGCAUCGAGGGAGAAGUCGACCCACUCGACAGGGAUGUCAUCAUUCAACCGCCACCUCCACCACCACCACUGCGGCCUCCAACAGAAAGAGUCUCCUUUCCUAAAGGACUGCCCUGGGCUCCCAAAGUCAGAGAGAAAGACAUCGAACACUUUCUGGAGACCAGCAGAAACAAAUUUAUCGGCUUCACUUUGGGAAAUGACACUGAGACUUUGGUUGGUUUACCACGGCCAAUACACGAGAGUGUUAAGACUCUUAAACAGCACAAGUAUGUCUCCAUAGCAGAGGUACAGAUCAAGAGAGAGGAAGAGCUACAGCAGUGCCCCAUGACUAUGGGGGACGAGGAAGUAGAAGAAACACCUGCAGAGAUUUUAUAUUUGGGAAUGCUGCCCAAUCUCUCACAGUAUGUAAUUGCCCUUUUGAAGCUCCUGCUGGCGGCAGCCCCAACCUCGAAAGCAAAGACCGACUCCAUCAACAUCCUGGCAGACGUCCUGCCAGAGGAGAUGCCAAUUACAGUCCUUCAGAGCAUGAAGCUGGGCAUUGAUGUGAACAGACACAAGGAGAUUAUCGUCAAAGCCAUUUCAGCUCUCCUCUUACUUCUGCUGAAACACUUCAAACUCAACCACAUAUAUCAGUUUGAAUACGUGGCACAACAUUUGGUCUUUGCCAACUGCAUCCCCCUCAUCCUUAAAUUCUUUAACCAGAACAUCAUGUCCUACAUCAGCGCCAAAAACAGUAUAUGUGCCCUGGAUUUCCCACAUUGUGUUGUUCAUGAAAUGCCUGAACUCACAGCUGAAAGCUUGGAAGCUGGUGACACGAAUCAGUUCUGCUGGCGUAAUCUUUUCUCCUGCAUCAACCUACUUAGGAUCCUAAACAAAAUCACUAAAUGGAAACACUCCCGAACUAUGAUGCUUGUGGUCUUUAAAUCUGCGCCCAUACUGAAACGAGCGCUCAAGGUCAAACAGGCCAUGAUGCAGCUCUACGUCCUCAAACUUCUUAAGAUCCAGACCAAAUACCUGGGACGCCAAUGGAGAAAAAGCAACAUGAAGACAAUGUCCGCCAUCUACCAAAAAGUCAGACAUCGACUGAAUGACGACUGGGCAUACGGGAAUGACAUUGACGCACGGCCGUGGGACUUCCAGGCUGAGGAAUGUGCACUCCGAGAAAGCAUUGAGAAAUUCAACACACGGCGUUAUGAUAAGAAUCAAAACAGCGACUUUAUACCCGUCGAUAAUUGCCUCCAAAGCGUUUUGGGUCAGCGUGUCGACUUGCCCGAAGACUUUCAUUACAGCUAUGAGAUGUGGCUAGAAAGAGAGGUCUUCUCACAACCUAUCCAAUGGGAAGGUCUGCUUCAGGCUCAGUGAUGCAAUAUUGAUUAUUAUCAUCAACCGAUCACAAUAUUAUAGAGGUGCUUUAUGUUUAAAAAAAGACACUUGUAUUCUUUAUUAAACUGACACAAUUA